UUUUGUCAGCUAAAACAAAACAUUAAAUCGGCAAUCUCUGGAUUCGGCCCAAAUAUUAUGCACGCGUAUUUGGUGAAAAUUUUCAGUUAUAAGAUCUAAAUUUGUUGCAGAAAUCGAAAGAAAGUGAGCGUCGGCAGACAGGGAUUGCGGGAUCUCGGAUUUAUUUUUGGCCAUGGAUCAGCUGUCGAUCAACCAGAAGGUGUUUAUCCGCCGUUCGGACGGCCGAGUCCACUUGGCGGGGAUUACCAAACUGGAGGGCGGUGCCAGUAAUCUGGUGACGGUGGAGUGGCCCGAAGGACAUGCUGUGCGGGGCAAGGAGCUGCCCUUGGAACUGGUGAUCCUGAUGAACCCCCAGAUCUUUGAUCCUCCACGUUGCAGUGGCACCUUGGCUUCCAUACCACCGCGUUCCAUGAAACAACGCAUGGCAGCGGGGAGUUUCCCCCCUCGAUUGGCCACUGCCACGCCCCGCCAGGUGGCGCCACCAAGGGAGGACGAUGUGCUAGCCCAGGUGGAAAGGAUGCGAAAACAAAGGGAACGUAGGCGGGAAACACAAACGCAGGUUCGUCAGAAAAAGAGUGAAGAUCCCGGGAAUCCCAACUGGGAGAUAGCCAGGAUGAUAGGAUUGCAACGCCUCCAGAUGAAGAGCCAUCCAGUCAAGAGUGGAACCACCGAUAUUCCCCCCAAGGAACACCAAAUUGUGGUCUGUGUCAGGAAGAGACCACUGAGACGCAAGGAGCUGGCUGAUGGGGAAUUGGAUGUGGUUAGUAUACCUUCAAAAGACAUGCUAGUGGUCCACGAGCCACGAAAGCAUGUGAACCUGGUCAAGUUCCUGGAAAACCACAGUUUCCGCUUCGAUUACGUCUUCAAUGAGGAUUGCUCUAAUGGAACGGUAUACGAAUAUACAGCCCGUCCCCUGAUAAGACACAUCUUCGAGGGCGGAAUGGCCACCUGUUUCGCCUACGGACAGACCGGAAGUGGUAAGACCCACACGAUGGGUGGUGAGUUUACCGGAAGGCAGCAGAGCUCCCUGGAUGGCAUCUAUGCCAUGGCAGCCGGGGAUGUCUUUAGCACCCUUAAGUCACCUUCUUAUGAUAAGCUCCAGUUGAAAGUCUCCUGCAGUUUCUUCGAGAUAUAUGGCUCUCGGGUUUAUGAUCUCCUCAUGCCGGGUAAGCCGCAAUUAAGAGUCCUGGAAGAUGGCAACCAGCAGGUGCAAGUGGUGGGCCUCACAGAGAAUCCUGUCAAUAGCACUGGCGAAGUUUUGGCCUUACUGGAACUAGGAAACAGUGUUCGAACCUCUGGUCAAACCUCGGCCAAUGCCAAAUCCUCUCGAUCCCAUGCAGUCUUUCAAAUCGCUUUGAGAUCCUCUGCGAAUAGUCGUUUGCAUGGAAAAUUCUCGCUAAUAGAUUUGGCCGGAAAUGAAAGGGGUGCGGAUAAUAGCUCGGCGGAUAGGGUGACCCGAAUGGAAGGAUCGGAGAUCAACAAAUCGCUGCUGGUCCUGAAGGAAUGCAUUCGGGCUCUGGGUCGCCAGUCGGGUCAUCUGCCCUUUCGGGGCUCCAAGCUCACUCAGGUCCUGCGGGACUCCUUUAUUGGGGGCAAGAAGGUCAAGACCUGCAUGAUAGCCAUGAUUUCGCCCGGCUUGCACUCGGUGGAGCACACUCUGAAUACCCUACGCUAUGCAGAUCGGGUGAAGGAAUUAACUGUGGACUCUGUAUCCCCAAAACGACUAAUAAGGACAGCUUCCAACUUCGAAAGCAGUUCCCUGCCAGAUAUAUUACAUCAAUCGCAGAUCGAAAAUAUCUAUCCAUCUCCCUCGUCCAAAUCGCUCGAAGGAGUGGAAAUUCAUUCGAGUCCAGCAAAGGCAGUUAUUGACACCACCAACGAUUUAAACAGGGUCCCCGAGCAGGGAUCUGAAUCCACCUAUCCCACUUCCGGACGACAGUUGAUCCAAGGGAAAUCACGACGCGCCCAGGAAGCUUCUAUAAUGCUGGCCAAAUCCCUGGCCCAAUUUAGAGGCCAAAACUUUCCCUAGAUCUUGUGCCAUCGAUUUCUACAACAAUUUCUUCUCUAAAUUAAAUAGGUUGUCAAAAUUGCGUGUACAUAAUAAAACUAAAAUAAGUUGAAAAAAA